CAGGUAGUAGGUCUUUUAUUAAACUCCCGUUUUUUAAACCUGUCCCGUAUUCAAAGAAAAACACCCUUUUAUUUGGGCAUAUUCUACUGAGGAGUGACUAACAAUGGUGGGCGGGGAAGAAAGAUGGUCUGUUGUCACCGGUGGAAGAGGUUUUGUUGCUCGCCAUCUGGUGGAAAUGCUGAUUCGCCACGGCAUGUUCCACGUCCGGGUCGCCGACUUAAGUCCUGAAAUUAGUUUAGAGCCACAUGAAGAAAAUGGCACUCUCGGCCAAGCUCUCCGGUCGGGCCGCGCCGUUUAUGUGCCGAUGGAUCUACGGGACAAGUCCCAAGUGUUAAAAGCUUGCGAAGGAGCUGAAGUUGUUUUCCACAUGGCUGCCCCAGAUUCUUCAAUCAACAACUACCAGCUGCAUUACUCUGUCAAUGUACAAGGCACGAAGAAUGUUAUUGAUGCUUGCAUUGAGCUGAAAGUGAAAAAACUUAUAUACACCAGCUCUCCCAGCGUAGUUUUCGAUGGCAUUCAUGGACUUUUAAAUGUGGAUGAAUCGACACCGUAUCCUGUUAAGCACAAUGAUUCAUAUUCUGAGACUAAAGCUGAAGGGGAGACACUGGUUGUCAAGUCAAAUGGCAGUAAUGGUUUGCUGACAUGUUGUAUCCGACCCAGUGGCAUUUUUGGCCCUGGUGACAGGUUGCUUGUUCCUUCAUUAGUCACUGCUGCAAGGGCAGGGAAAUCCAAGUUCAUUAUAGGAGAUGGCAACAACAUGUUUGAUUUUACUUAUGUUGAGAAUGUUGUACAUGCUCACAUAUGUGCUGAACGAGCUCUAGCAUCAGAAGGAGCUGUUGCAGAGAAAGCUGCAGGGCAGGCAUACUUUAUUACCAAUUCGGAACCUAUCAAGUUUUGGGAAUUUGUGUCACUUAUUCUUGAAGGUCUUGGCUAUAAAAGGCCAAGCAUUAAUAUUCCUGCCUAUGUUAUGAUGCCAAUUGCUCAUGUGGUGGAGUGGACAUAUAAGCUACUUGGCCCAUUUGGAAUGAAGGUCCCACAAUUGACACCUUCAAGAAUAAGAAUUUUAACCUGCAGCAGGACAUUUAGUUGUUUAAAAGCAAAUGAUCUAUUGGGCUAUUCACCUAUUGUUUCACUUCAGGAGGGUCUUAGAAGGACAAUUGACUCAUACCCACAUUUGAGAGCUGAAAUUAAAACUAGUAGGGGUGGGCCUUCCAAAGCUUCCAUGCUUCUUGGAAAUGGAAGAGUUGCUGACACACUUCUCUGGAGGGACAAAAAGCAAACACUCACUACAGCAUUAGCCCUUGCAACAAUUUACUUCAAUUUCAUAGCAGUUCGAUAUACCAUGAUAACAGCAAUUUCCAAGCUACUCUUAAUGGCAUCCAUUUUCCUGUUCAUCCAUGGAAAGUUGCCACAUAAAAUAUUUGGAUAUAAUAUUGAAAAAAUUCACGAGUCAAAAUUCACUGUCUCAGAGGAGACAUCUUUCCAAGUAGCUGGGUCGGUAGCUUCCUUUUGGAAUUCAGCAGCAGAUAGCUUAAAAUCGAUUUGCAGAGGAUCAGAUUGGGUGUUAUUCCUCAAGGUGAUUUCCUCUCUAACGAUUCUGAGCAUCUUGGGGACCUUUUCACUACACAGUUUAUUCAUAAUAGUAAUCCCAGUUUUGUUUGUUGCUUUCUUGGUGUACGAGAAAAAGGAGGAAGAAAUAGAUCACUUUGCCCUCGAAAUUAUUUCUUCUGCACGUAAACUGAAGUCUAGCAUUGUUAGGAAAGUUUCCAGCUCCAAGAAAAUGCAAUAGCUCUGAUUGAUGCAGAAUCUCUCUUUUUAAAAUAUUCCGGGAGUCUUGCUUUGUUUUUUAGAUUUUGCUAUAGCUGGUGCUCUCAAGGCAAGAAGACCUGAUCCCAUCCUGCAUCGCAACAAAGCAUCUCUUUUGGGAUCCUGUCACAAUAUAUAUAUAUAUAUAUAUAUAUAUAUAUACUGCCUUGCCACCCUCAAUUUUAUGGAACUUUAGGCCUUCAUCGUUUAUGUUGUGGAACUGACAUGCUAUAUAUUUUCUUUAGUUUUGGCCUAUUAUACACAUUAUGCUAAACUCUUGUCUGGUGUGGUAUGUUGCUGUUGACACACCGAUUGUGUAAACUUAAGACAACUAGUUGGUUAUGAUGCAAAGCUGCUUUCUUAUAGAUAAUAUGAUCAAGUGAUCAAGAAAAUUGUGGGAAAAGGGUGCCUAGUUUUCUUAAAAAGAGUUAUUUUAUGUUAAAACUGGAAUACUUGCAUACUGUCA